AUGGCCCCCGCCCCUUCUGUUGAACGAAUCCGUGAGCUCUUCAGCCCCUGGGAGACAGGCGACAGUCUAAACUUCAUCGACAAUGUUCUUGCUCCGGAUUGCAGAUUUGUGGUGCGUGGCAGCCAUCGCUACGCUGGCGUAUAUGACCGAGAAGGCAUCAAAGCCGUGGAAAUGGAAGUCGACAAAAUGUUUCAGGUCCCGGAAACCAUUGCGAUCGCACGGAUUUUUCGGGCUGCGGAAGGGGACUGGGUAUCCAUUUCAAUGGCUUCGAAGAACGGAUCCCUACUGCUGAAUGGAAAACCAUAUAACCAGACCUAUCUAUGGGCGACAAAGUGGGACGGGGAGCAUAUAGUGGAGGUCGAGGAGUAUGCGGACUUCGAGUUGCUUGCAAAUGCUGUUCUGGAGAACCUAGAAGAGAGAAGAGCAAGGGACGAACUCUAG